UGAUACAGAAAAUGGUCAGUUAUACUUGAGGUGAUUGAGGUUGAACUAACUAAAUAUAUGUCUCCCCCACCAACAGAGACAACUAUUUUAGGGUAACUUUCAACCAAAGGUAAAAUGAAGAGACUGUGGUCACCUCUUCUGGUCCUCCUAUUAUACUGCUGCCUCUCAGGAAGCCAAGCCAACCGAGUCUACGUUCACCCCUUCUAUCUUUUUGCUGCCGAGAAUGUCAGCUGUGAGAUCCUGCAGGCCCCCACGGUUAAGCCUCUGGAGACACUUCCUGUGGCUCCCCUUGACAAUGAAGUCUUGACACCAGACCACAGGGAUCCAUCAAAAGUCGAUGUACAAAGGCAAAACAUCACAGAGAGGACAGCAGUUUUGGCAGAGCUAUUAAAUGCUCUGGGCUUGAGGAUGUACCAGGCUCUCAGCAGCAAGCAUCACAGCACUAACACGCUCUUAUCUCCAGUCAACACCAUAGGAUCCCUGGUCACUUUCUACCUGGGAGCCUCCAAGAAGACAGCAGCUUCAUUCCAGCUUCUACUAGGCCUGAGUAGGGAUAAUGAUGGAGAGGACUGCGUGUCCUUAAUAGAUGGACACAAAGUUCUUAAGACCCUGCAGGGCAUUAAUUCUCUAGUGGACGAUGGACCCAAAGAUGAAAUCACUACCCAGAUUUGGGCCUUCACUCGCCAGGAUGCUCAGCUGUCUGAGGACUUCAUUCAAGGCACACAGGAGUUGUCAGACACGUCGUUUAUCCGAGGUGUGGACUUCUCCAAACCUCAGGUAGCAGAGCAGCUGGUCAACAGCUUUGUGGAGAUGACAUCAGAUAGGAAGGUGAAGGACAUCUUCAAAGAUCUGAAUGCCACCAGUAACCUUCUGUUCAUCACCUCCUUCAACUUCCAAGGAAACUGGAAGAAAGCUUUCCAGCCAGAGGAGACAACCUUGAAGGAGUUUCAUGUGGAUCAAACAACCACAGUAAUAGCUCCACUGAUGACCCACACGGGUCAGUACCACUACUUCAACGAUACGGUGCGGCGAUGCACCAUUGUGAAGCUGUCUCUGAGCAAACGCUCCUACAUGUUGUUGGUCUUGCCUCAUGAGGGGGUUAAACUCGGUGAUGUGGAGUCAAAGCUGCACACAGGCGUCAUUUCUGACUGGCACCAAAAUCUUCAGGAAGGUCUCCUGGAGCUGUCACUCCCCAAGUCCUCCAUGUCCUCUGUGACUGAUUUGCGUGACCUGCUGACUACCAUGAAUCCUAAAAUCGAGGCCAAACUGUUGGGCUCCGAGGCCGAGUUCAGCCAACUCAGCAACACCAAACCCUUCACCAUAGAUAAGGCCAUCAACAAAGUGCUGUUUGAGAUUUCAGAGGAAGGAGCAGAACCUCAGGACCAGACACAGGAAGAGGGCGUCCCUCUGAAGCUGUCCAUUAACAGGCCUUUCUUUUUUUCUGUUAUAGAAGGAAAUUCUAACUCCAUCCUUAUGCUGGGCAAGAUCAUAAAUCCUCUGCUCUAAUGAUAUAUAGUGCUUUAAGUGAACAAACCCCCCUGACAUGAAAAAUUUCCCACAUACCAGGCCUAUUUCUUUACAACGUACUUUAUCAUCUACAGCUUUCAUUUCUGCAGGAAAUCUUUCAUGCUGCAGACAUUGUGUUUAAAUCAUAGAUUUGUUUUCCUUCUGAAAUAAUUCUCACAUACAGUGCAUGAGGAUUUACGUAUACCCACACGGAAUAAGGAUCUAACAGUGUUACUGAUAGCUUUCACCCCCUUCACAUGCUCAGGGGUUAUGUGAAACUCAUUUGCAGUAUUUAUGAAAACAUGUUACUUUAAGUUGUUUUCAAGCAUAAUGUGAAAAUCUUAAUUAGUUUUUUCUCUGUAAAAUUUAUUAUAGCAGAGUUCUGUACAGUAUUUUUUUCAGCAGAGUACAGGAAGUACAGUAACCACGACUGUCUGUGAUGAACGGCUAGCAUGUUGUAUAUUGUAACUAAGAGUCUAUUUUUGUUUUGUUAUGAUUUGAUUUUGCUGAAAUAAAGCAUCCAUUUCCAAAUACAAACAAAGUUCACUUGUUUUUAAUCAGCAUUUCAAUUGACCGACUUAACCUGUGAGACUUGUGGGAAGUCAUUUAAACAGGCAAGGAGUGUGAAGGCUAUCCCGACAGCAUGAACACUUCAGAUAUACACUGACUAAAGCUAGUCAAAAGAUAAAAUUUCACUUUCUCUG